AUGGAGGGAUGGAAAGAAAGGUUGUUGAACCAGGCAGGCAAAGAAACAUUAAUAAAAUCAGUUAUACAAGCAAUGCCAUCAUAUGCCAUGAAUAUUAUAAAGUUUUUCAAGAGUUUCUGCAAGAGAAUUUGCUCAAAGGUGGCGCGAUUCUGGUGGGCAACCUCCGGGAAAGAAAGGGGCAUUCAUUGGAAAAAAUGGGACUGCAUUACGGAUAGCAAUAGCAGCGUGGGGUUGGGAUUUAAGGAUCUAGAAAAACAUAAUACUACUUACCUUGCAAAACAAGCGUGGAGAGCAAUGAAGAAUCCAGAUGCAAUAUGGGUCCAGAAAGCAUGCCAUGACAUAUUACCAGUGGGCUCAAAUUUGUAUAAAAGGAGGAUGGCACCAGAUCUAUUGUGUCAGAUAUGCUUAAAAGGGAUGGAGACGGUCAAACAUGCUUUACUGCUAUAUGAUUGGGCGAGAGCAACAUGGUUCGGAGUGGAAUACCAAUGGAUCCCAACACCAGAGACAGUUAACUCGAUUGGAAGUUGGAUGGUAAAGUGUAUAAGGAAGAUAAGAGAAGGAGGCCGAGACGAUCAUGAGAAGAGGAUUAGUAAGCUCGGGUUUCUCUUGUGGGAGAUAUGGAAAACCAGGAAUAACAAAUUAUUUCAACAGCAAGAAGUGAAUCAAAGUUGGACAAUCAGCAAAGCAAGAGCACUAGAGACAGUCUAUGGAAAACUAGCAAAAAAACAGCAAACACAAAAAAGAGAAGCCAAUAGGAGCAGAACUUACCCGAUGACAUGGAGACCUCCUCCUGAAGAUUGGCUGAAAGCAAAUGUUGAUGCUGCCUUUCGAAAGGAGAAUGAGACAGGUGCAAUAGCUGUGGUGAUCAAAGAUAGCAAAGAAAAGAUGGUAUUAGGAUUUUCAGGGAAGAUUCAAGCUAAAUCAAGCAUUGUGGCUGAGGCUCAAGCAAUAAGACAAGCUUUAAUCAUAGUGAACAAUUUGAAUAUGGGUAAAACGCUAAUAGAAUCGGAUAGUUUAAAGCUCAUUCAAACAAUCAAAUCCAAGACAACCAUUGGAGAAGCAUCAGCUAUCAUCCAAGAUAUUCAAAAUUUAAUGGAAAAAAUACCUGAAAAAGGAAUGACUUGGACUCCCAGGAAUGAAAAUCGGCUGGCCAUGCAGUGA